AUGAACUUGAUUCUCCCUUAUCUUGUACUUCUCAUCUUGAUAACUGAUAUCAAUUCUUACAACAUUCUAGUCUUUUGUCCACUUUUCGGUCACAGCCAUUCCACAUAUUUUGGAAAGUUGGCUGAUAUUCUUACAGAAGCUGGGCAUAGCGUUACUCUGUUCACUCCAGCUAUUAUUGAUGAGUUUAGGAAUCACAGUUAUACUAAAUUGACAAAAGAUGUUAUUCAUUUAGAUCCGAGCCCGAAACUCAAAUCAAUUGGAGAUUUGAUAGCGGGAAAUGGCCGAUACUGGAAGCAAGAAUUCUCGAUCCUUGAGAUCCCACAAUCUGCUAGAUUCUUUCAGUCGGUGACUGGAGAACUACAUAAUGUAUUAUCCAGUAAUCUUCCUCUUCUUGAUAAACUCAAAAAGAAGAAAUUUGAUUUAUUCAUUUUCGAAUCAAUCUUCACUUGCGCUCUACCUUUGAUUGACUACUUGGAGAUUCCCGCAUUCACUGUGGCACAAUCGAUUACUUUUGAGUCAUCAUCGAUGCGAGCAAUGGGAGAACCAGUUAUGCCUAGUUAUAUUCCAGGUUGUAACAGAAUACAAAUUCCUAUGAUUUUAUUAAAAUUUCUGAAUACGGCGAUUCAAGUAUUGCAACAUUAUUUUAACUAUUCUCCUGAAUAUUAUCUUUCCUACGAUAAUCCUAACAAACGAAUACAUUCGAUGGAAAGAUUAUCUGAUGCCUCAUUUGUUUUCACAAACUCCAAUCCAUAUUUAGACUUUCCUAGAGCCAUUGUUUCUAAAAACGUGCAAAUUGGAGGAAUCUCUGUAGACACGGAAAACUUGAAAAUAGGAAAGAUAUCAGGAGAAUGGGAUCAAGUUUUGAACCUUCGACCAAAAUCCUUUCUCAUUGCAUUCGGAUCAGUGAUUUUAUCAAAGGACAUGUCUUUUGAGUACAAGGUCUCGUUGGCAAGAGCAAUGAAACAAUUUUCUGAUGUCACUUUCAUUUGGAAAUAUGAAGAUAAUGAUACGGAUAGUUUUGCGAAAGGAAUCAAGAAUAUUCAUUUCUCCAAAUGGAUACCUCAACGGGAACUUCUGGCGGAUCCACGACUUUCAGCAUUCAUGACUCAUGGUGGUUUAGGAAGUGUAAAUGAAGUUAGCUAUCUUGGAAAACCAAAUGUUAUGUGUCCAAUUAUGGGAGACCAAAUGAGGAAUGCAAAAAUGCUAGCAAGACAUAAUGGAUCUGUGGAGAUUUCGAAACAUUCUCUGGGAAAUUCCAAAAUUGUCGAGGAAGCCUUUCGAAAAGUUAUUUAUGACCAGAGUUAUACGAUCGCUGCUAAGCGUCUAGCAGAACAUUUGCAGAAUCAACCCGUCAAACCAAAAUACUCAUUUUUAAAACAUGCAGAAUUCGCUGCUAGGUUUGGAAAGCUGCCUUCCUUGGAUCCAUACUCCAGACAAAUGGGCUUUUCGGAAUAUUUUCUUCUUGAUCUUUUAUUUAUUUCUAUUUGUCUCAUUUUUCUGCUAUGUCUGUCAUUGUAUUUUUUAGCUAAAGUCGCGUUGAGAUUUUUCCGAUCAAAGCCAAAAACAGAAUAA